AUGGCACGAGAUGUUGUUCGGGUUUAUAUCAACGCAUAUUUAAUUCUUCAGGAUAAAAUCUUGAAUCGGUUAGCAAAUGUUAGUGUUGAUGAACUGAUGAAAAAUGAAACUCAAGUAGCAUUACUAGCAUCCGAAUUAAACUGCCAUAUAAGUGAUUUAACAACAUUAUUAUCAACAACAUUUAUUGUUAGUGAUGCUAUACGAAUACAAGCUGAUAGUAAAUUACUUGAAGUUGUUCAACAAACAAGUGCACAAGAAAAUGAGGUAAACGAUAUCGAAAAAAGAGUAAGUCAAGCAAAUUCUAGAUUGCAAGGUGCCCGAUCGAUGUUGUCAGGCGCUCAAACUACACUUCGAAAUAGAGAAUUGGAUGCUGCUCGAGCGGAACAAGCUUAUCGUGAUGCUGAAAGACGAGUAGAAAAUGCUCGACGGUGUCGAGGUCGACGACGUAAGAAACGGGGCUUUUGGGAUUGGCUUGUAAAACCAGUUUGUUCUGUUUUUAAUGCUGGUGGAAUAAAAAAUGCUUUGAAUAUUCGAAAUCAAGCAUCCAGAGAUUUAACAAAUGCACGAUCACAGGUUUCAUAUUAUCAAUCGGUAGUGUAUAGAUAUGAACAAGAAGGAAAUUUAUUAAAUACCCAACUGACCAAUACACGUUAUUCAUUACAAAAUUCAAAAAAUGCCUUAUACAAUCUUCAGCAACAACGCAGCGUCAUCAUAUCUGUUACUGAACAAUUGAAACAAGCCAUACGACAUAUUAAUGAAUUAUCAACAGCAGCAACAGUAUUAAAAGAUGCUGUUACAGAUAUAAUUGAUUUCGAAUUACUUAUUAAACCGAUGAAUGCUAUAUAUGAUGAAUUGCAACGUAAUCAGGUUGGUAUUAAUUUAGAUAAUCCAACAAUCAGUGCUGAUGAUUUAGAAGAAACAAAAACAAAAUUAAUGCAAUUGAUAAUAACGUGGUGUCGAUUAAAAUUCAAAGAUAAAAUGUACCAAUACCUUUUACUGGUUGUCUUAUGUUUGAUUGAAGUAACAACGUCGCUCGAUCGUUGUUAUUCAGAUUCAGGGCAAUUAUUGUUAACAAAUUGUGUAUUUCCACCGGCGGAUCCGGCUGUGAAUCCAUUCUAUGAUGAAUUUUUUGAAAGAAUGGCCCGUACAACUGUUGGUCAAUUUGUAGCCAGUCGAAAACCAUUGAAUACAUUGGUCAGAAUGAACGAUCUUGUACCAAGCCCACGAAGUUCAUCUGAUUCCACCCAAACAAAUCUUUCAACUCUUUUUGAUACACAAUUAAGUCGUCAAAGUGUCAUUGAUCAACCAUGGGAAGAAAUGAUAAUUUCCGGUCCAAUAUCGAUUAGUCUUCUUGGUCAAGUUUUAGUUAUAUCAAGCAAACGUGAUUUUUCAUUGGAAGAAAAUCGUCCAGAAGGAGGUUUCAAAUAUAUUCGAUAUCCAAAAUCAUUUCGUGCCACAUUGACACAAAUUUCAAAUGAAGGCUGGUCAGCAUUUAUGGAAGCACAUUCAAAUAUGAAUAAAAUUCAGUUAUAUAUGCAGCAAAUACCAAAUCAUAUUAAAACAUCAUUAAAAUUAAUUGCUACAGGUACGCCACGUUUAUUAGGAAAUUUAUUGCCAUUAUCAUUAAGAAAUAUUGCAAAAAUUGGUGAUGAAUGUGUUAACAUUUCAAAAGCAACACACGAUAAAUUUGCUGAUAUUAUGGGUUUAUUAGGUGAAGUCGUUGAUGUCACUGUUCUAGCUCAAGGUCUUUAUGAUCAAAAAUUAUCUAAUGUAUCAAUUGAAUUGAAUGCGUCAUUGGUAAUGAAAAAUGAAUUAGAAAAAAUUGGUGAAAAAAUUGACGAAGAAUAUUCAUUAAUUCAAGAUUCGGUAAAAGAAGCGCGAGAAGCUUAUAAAAACGCUGUUGAUAAAAUUCCCACAGGAUGGGAUGCGGUAUUACAAGGUUUAGUACAAAAUAUCGGUAAUAUGCUUGUGCGUGGUAUAGGUGGUUUGAUUGAUUCAUAUUCGGAAGUGAUAAAAAAUGGUGGAAGAAGUGGUGGAAGAACUGGGCUCGACGAAGGCAAAAGUGUAUUGUCAUUUGCUAAACAAAAAGCUCUUUCUGCAGCUAUAUCAUUAAGCGAUUGUUUAGGUGAAUUUUCAGAAGGAGUUGCAGCCGUUUUAAGUGAAAAUAAUACAGAAAAUCCAACAUUGGUAUUUAAACAGUUUGGAAUAUUUUUUAAUGCGUUCCUUGAAAUGGCUCGUGGUAAAGAUGAGAUAAAUCGGCAAGUGGAAGAGUUUGUAUCUCGAGCUAUUAAAAUUGCUGACAUGUUUACUGAAGCAUAUAAAGGUUAUCCACAAAGCAAACCAGAUGAAUCCAAUACAAAUGAAUUAAACAAACAAACCGACAGUCUGAAACUGGAAGUCGAACAAGUGAUCAGCCGCCAAACAAAAGAAAGUGGUAAAGAUGGCAUUGCAUCGCCCAUUAUUGAUCAGUUAGGUGGCGGUUCAAUUGGUGCAAAUGAAAAAUACAAAGCUAAUUGA